AUGUCAAUUGCUCGUCCUCAGGCCACUACUCAAUCUUUCUAUGUGGGCGCAAUCAAUACGCUAUACAGCUACCAGAGGAUGUCUCUGAGCGCGCAGAGAUCUACUUUGACAGUAGUAGGGAUAGCCGAAGAAUCCACGGAACGCCUCUUACCGCAUGGCUUCGAGUUCCUCUGGACUGGUAUCAAUCUCAUACCGAAUCGUAUUUUGACGACGAGUCGCGCGCGACAAUCCGGCGCAUCUUCUCCCCCGCUCAUGCCCCGCAUACACAGCAUGCGUUCUGCGGAUUUUGCGGAACACCACUCUCAUAUUGGACUGAUGUUCCCAGUGAAGAGGCGAACUACAUGUCGGUGA